CGCGCCAUCUGUUAGCCUCGUCUCGCAACCUCCUGACAGUUAUAUAUGACAGUUUGGUCGUCGACAGAGGUUAGAAUCAGAAGACGAAGAAUACGAGGCGGCCUCUGAAUCUUCGCCCUAUUUUCACGUCGGUUCGUGCACUCAUGUGCCAUGGAGGAGGUUGACAACAUUAUUAUUCAUUCCCUGCGACAAAUCGGCUGCAACGUCGAAGAAGAUGUGACCAGCUUGGGCCGAUUCAACACCGAACUUGUUGUCGAGGCCACCGUUAGGUGCCUGGAUAUCAUUCGCCCUGGACUCGGCAUUUCCACGAUUGUGCCUGCAAACAUGGCAGCUAGAUUUAGAUUGGGGGCUACACUGGCUCAAGCAUGCUCGGAACUUGGGUAUCGAGGCGAUAUUGGCUACCAGACGUUCCUCUAUAGCUCGGAGGUCGACCUUCGACGAUUGUUCAUGUUCCUUAUUGAAAAAUUACCUAAGGAAAGCGACAAGUCUUUAAACGAACCGACUAGCAGAGUUGCUCUGCUUGAACGUCAAAUAUCUGGGGCAGUUUCCAGGGAUCUUUCUCUCCCAUGGCUACCGCACUAUUGUCACAAACGUGGCGUUAGAAACAAGGGAUGCACAGAUAGGCGAUAUCGGAGCGUGGACUUGGAUAUAUCAACCCAAGGCCUAGGAGACGAUUUCCAAGACUAUCGUGUUCACUAUCAGAAACCAAUCACUGAUCAAGUACCGGAUGAUGAAUAUCUUGUGCCUUCUCUUGUAUCACAUAAUGCUAAGUUAAUUCAUGAGUCUGCUACUAAUAUUAUCGAAAGGCUCCAGUGGCUCGAUACGCACAGAUUGAACGACGAGACAGUGGAAGAUAAGGUGUACAGCAAAAACGAUGUUCAGAGCAGGUUUACUUUGAAUCAGAGAUUGCAAUUUUCACAAUAUAAUUUUGUUCCACAGAAUACUCCAAGCGAAGAAAAGAUUCCAGUUACCCAAACACGUGCAGAGACAGUAACGUCAUUGAGUCGAGAAGAAAGGCGAGAAUUGAAAAUAGAUCAAGUGAAAUUAGAGUGUGAGAGUUUGAGAAGUAAUUUAGAUGAACUUCAAGUAAACGUGAAACAAUUAUCGUCAAAAUUGUCCCAAGUGCACGUGACUUUGAGUAACGCAGAAAAAGAAGUCAAGGAUUCCGAGGAAAGGAGAAAAAUCAAAGCUAGAACUUAUGAUUUACUUCCAAAUGGUGAAGAAAACAUUCAAAAAUUAGAGGCAAUGGUUGAAGCUAGCGCUAACAAAUUAAUUAAUCUUGCAACUCAGUGGGAACGGCAUCGACGUCCGUUGGUGGAGAAAUACAGAGACGAGAGAGCCAAGUAUUCGACAAAAGCCAGCACGAGUCGCAAAAAAUUGGACGAAAUAAGAUUAUUGAGAGAAAAAGAAAAGGAGCUCAUCGAAGAAUCUCGUAACAAAGAUCAACAAUGUACUCAGCUACUUGCAGAGAUACCAAAAUUACCAAAAGAAGUCAACAGAUCCGCCUACACUCAGCGUAUAUUAGAAAUAAUCAACAACGUAAGAAAACAGAGGUGCGAAAUAGACAAAGUAUUGGCUGACACUCGAGAGAUACAGAAGGAUAUAAACACCCUUACUGGACGAUUGGAAAGGUCGUUCACAGUCGCGGAUGAACUGAUUUUUAAGGAUGCAAAAACAAACGAGGCUUCGAGAAAAGCUUACAAACUAUUGGCUACUCUACAUUCAGACUGUGCAGAACUUGUAACGUUAGUAGAGGAAACUGGGGCUACAGUGCGAGAAAUAAGAGAUUUAGAAGAACAGAUAGAUUCCGAAUCAGCUAAAAACGUCGGGGCAAAUCUUGAAAGAAUUACUGCGGAUUUGAAGCAAAUGAAACAAGAAACUGCUACACUGAUGACCCAGCUCCAGAAUAAAAAUUCGUGAUAGCUCCGAUACGUGGUCUGUAGAUUUAAGUAACUGCCUUCCGAGGUCUAAGUUGUAAUUGUUAAUCGUUGAUAAAAAAAAAGAGAAAUAGGGCGCUUGCACGGGCCCAAUCAAUGCUUGUAACUGCCGCUAAAGUACGUAAUAAUAAUCGUUUGAGCACGGCCAUCGAGUAGAAGAAAAUUGAUGGAAAAAAUAAACAGAAGAGCAUCAUCGCUCAAAUGAUAUUAAUUGCGAAGCCUAAGAUUAGAAGAUUCCAAAUUUUCAACAUCGUGUAGUUUAUUUUCUUAAUUUUCCUACGCAGAGCUUCAAAUUGAUAAAAUUUGUCAUCAUUAUGCAUAAAAUAUAAAUAAUUAUACACAACAGUACACAAAUAUCAUAAUAUCAAGCUUGUGAAUAAAUAUGUACAAAUAUGUAAAAGCUUGAUAGUAUACAUCUACUUUACAAUGGACUCAAUGACUACAAAUAUACUGUAACUAUAAGUAACAGAACGUGGCAGUUUUUUGCAAUGGACUUCAUCGACCCAGUUGUGACUGACUUAAGCUAUUAUUUUAUGAGGUUGAACGCAAAGUGUAAUUGUUAACAAAUGUAACCAUUA